AUGAAAUUUUCAGCCCUCCACAUAGCCGCCAUAAUUCUGGCCACGGCGACCGACCUUGCAACAGGCGACAUGCACCACUCGGCCGUCUGCUUCACCAAGCGCAUUAAGUUCUUUACCCAGAGAACCUUCCACAUCAGCCCCAACGCCACCAUGUGCGCCUGCACCUUCUACAGGGCCCGCAACACCGGCACCAACCCCUGGGAUAAGUGCCCGGACUGCACCUACGACGGCCUCAGGUGCCGCUCCGAAAAUGGCACCAUUGGCGGCGACGAGUUCAACUACUACUGCGAGAAGAAGUGUGGCGCAAAGGGGUCAGAGGCUGACUGA